AUGGCUUCCUUCGCCACGAGCGAAACGUCCCUCUUAGACACAUCCUCAUUCGAAAAAAUGGUUCCGUCCAAUGGCGGCAGCGCCUUUGUCGUGAAUCAAGAUCUGCCCGAGGGUUUGCGAGCUGGCUACAAAGAAAUCAAGACCCUUUGCGAAAAGAUGGAUACGCGUUUGCACAUCCACAGCUAUGCAAGAGAACUCUUCGAGGCGGUCUAUGAAUCGGAAGAGUUUGUGUCUGAGCCUCAGAAGACAGUCGUCGCUGGCUGUUUGUUUAUCGCUUACGAGGCCACCGAGGACGACCCGGUAACGAGAGAGGCAACGGGGGGGUACCGCAUCUUGCAAGAGAGCAAGAUCUCCUACCACGAGCGCUCUAUCUUAGCGCCAGCCGCAGAUCUGGACGUACUAAGGAUUUUUGCAGCCCUCGAGGAAUUCUUGCCCAAAGCAUCCGUCGGGGAUGCCGAUGAGGUGAUGGAACCAGCUGUUGUCAACGAAGCUAAGGGGUAUAACGCCGCCGUAGUAGAGAACGAGAACCCAGAUGACGCAGACUCCAGUGUUGGUGACUCAACCAAAUUCUUUCGAGCGGCCUACAAAAGAAUCGAGACCCUUUGCGAAUGCCUACCUAUACCCUCUCAAAUCCUGUGCAAUGUUACGGCUCGUAUCAAGUCCCUUUACAAGAAUGUCCACCUUUCAGGAGGGUUUGAGCAGGAUGAACAAGCAGCAGUCGUGGCAGGAUGUUUCUACCUCGCGUUCCGCCAGCUAGGAGUACCUCGCACCUUUCGGGAAGUCUGGAUCGUAACCGGCGUUCCUAUCGUGGAACUCGAGGCGGUGGUGAAGGAUCUUGAGCAAUUUCUUGCUGAAGAGGCUAGGCUCGAGAUACAGUCGGAGGAAGAGGCGAGAUAUCUGCCUGGUGAGCCAGACACUGGCUCCUCUUCAUAUAGGGCCCACUCGAGUGACGAUAGCGAGGCGGAGGGACCAGCUGAUGAGGGUAGAGAGAGGCUGGUUUACCUUCGUCAGAAAUCCGCUCUUCCCUACCGUGUCCAAUCAACUGCGAUCGAUACCCAGCUCUACAGGAAUGAAGUACAGCUGAUCAAAAAUUAUCAUUUCGAAGCCAGGGUUCCAUUUGGCACGAAUCAUCUACUCCAAGUCAAGAAAUCCACGCGAGCUUGCUGGCUGGUUACCAAGAAUUCAAGCGCCUCUACGAAGCCAUGGGCUGCUAUCCACCGCAAUGCGAGAGAGCUCUACGAAAAGUCCUAUGCAUCGGGCCAUUUUACUUGUUGGCCACAGAACACAGUCAUUCUAAGAUGCCUUUCCAUUGCUUUCUCUGACACGAGGUCGACUCUAUACAUUCGACAACGCGAUGCCUGA